AUGAAUCUCAACUUCACCUCUCCUCUACACCCGGCGUCUUCUCAGAGGCCCACAUCCUUCUUCAUAGAGGACAUCCUGCUGCACAAGCCCAAGCCRCUGAGGGAGGUGGCCCCUGACCAUUUUGCCAGCUCUUUGGCUUCCCGGGUGCCUCUACUAGACUAUGGCUACCCCCUCAUGCCCACACCUACCCUCCUGGCUCCUCACGCCCAUCACCCUCUGCAUAAGGGAGACCACCACCAUCCUUAUUUCCUUACCACCUCGGGGGUGCCAGUUCCCGCGCUGUUCCCGCACCCCCAGCACGCCGAGCUGCCUGGGAAACACUGCCGCCGCCGCAAAGCUCGUACAGUUUUUUCUGACUCACAGCUCUCGGGUUUGGAGAAGAGGUUCGAGAUCCAGCGCUACCUGUCCACGCCAGAGCGGGUGGAACUGGCCACCGCCCUCAGCCUAUCGGAGACGCAGGUGAAAACGUGGUUCCAGAAUCGGCGGAUGAAGCAUAAAAAGCAGCUGAGGAAAAGUCAAGACGAGCCCAAAGCUCCAGACGGGCCUGAGAGCCCUGAGGGUAGUCCCCAUGGUCCAGARGCUGCAGCCGCCGACGCUCGGCUGAGCCUGCCCGCCGGCCCUUUCGUGCUGACCGAGCCAGAGGACGAGGUGGACAUUGGGGACGAGGGGGAGCUCAAUUCCGGGCCGCAAGUGCUCUGA